AUGCUGGCUAAUAACUAAUUAAGUGAGGCUGAUAGAGCAAUAAGAGCAGCUGAUGUUACUUCAGUCAACUAAUAGAAAGAUAAGAUGGAGAGAUAAGAAUAAAAUAAAGAAAAACUACUUUAAUACAUCAGAGAUAAUGUUAUCGGAACACACAACGAUUAUAUGAUUAAGACUGUCUAUGGAGAGAAGCCAUUAGUUUAUGCGGACUAUACUGCUAGCGGAAAAUCUCUAAAAUUCAUUGAAGAUUACAUCAAAGAUUAGAUUUUACCUAUGUAUGCAAACACUCAUACACUUUAGUCUGGAACUGGCAAGCAGACUAAUAAUGCAAGAGAGGAAGCAAGAAGUAUAAUAAAGAGAGUCUGCGGUGGAAAUGAAAAUGAUGCUCUCAUUUUUAUCGGAUCUGGUGCAACUUCUGCAGUAAACCUACUAGUUUCAAAAUUAAGAAUAAGAGAGAUAUCAGAAUCAGCUCGCAUCUACAAAGAGUAUAUAUCUGGAAAGAAGAAUGGCGAUUAAAGCAACGAAGAGCAGAAAAAGACUUUUGAUGAGGGAUAGGAUAACAUUAACUUCUGUCAGUAAAAUAGAUGGGGUUCCUAUGACUGUAUAAUAUGUAAGACUAUCACUAAAAGUCUAGCCUAGUAUGAAUAGCAUGCAAAAACAGAUCUUCACUUAAGGAAUUUUGAAAUUUUCAAGUAGAAAUAAAAAAUAUACACUGAGAGCCCAGUUGUCUUUAUGUCUAUUUAUGAGCAUAAUUCAAAUGUACUCGCUUGGAGAGAAGCUGGAGCUCACAUUGAGCUAAUAUAAAUGACCAAUGAUGGUGACUUUGAUUAUAACCACUUCGAGUAAUUAUUACAAAAAUACAAAAGUUAUAAUUCACUUAAGGUUGCUACCAUAAGCGCAGGAUCUAAUGUAACUGGAAACCUCGUUGAUACAGAUAGAGUAUCAGUAAUGAGUCAUUAAUAUAGUACUCUAGCCUGCUUUGAUUAUGCAGCUGUUGUCUCCUAUGUAGGAAUUAAUAUGAAUGGCCCCAAUAUAGAUUCAGAAAAUUAUUUCACUCCUCUCGAUAGAUCAUUGCAUGGGUUAGCAUACAAAGAUGCAGUAUUCUUUUCCCCUCAUAAAUUGGUUGGAGGACCUUAAUCAUCUGGAAUAUUAAUUGCAAAGAAAAAAGUACUAUUUUCGAAGAAACCUGCUAGAUUUGGAGGAGGUAUUGUAUUCUUUGUAAAUGAACUUGACCACGAAUACGUCUCAAAUGUUGAAGAAUUAGAAGAAGCUGGAACUCCAGGAGUAGUUUAAGAUAUUAGAGCUGGAUUAGCAUUUUAACUUAGAGAGGCUGUUGGAAUAAAAUGUAUAAAGGAGAAAGAAGAACAGAUUCAUUAAUAAGCAAUUGAAAGAUUUAAAUUAAUGACUAACAUUUUUUUGCUAGGAAAUAAUAGCAAGCCUAAGGUCAAUAUCUAUAGUUUCUUAGUUAAGACUAAGUUUGGAAAAUUCUUAAAUCCUAAUUUCGUAGUUUCUUUAUUGAAUGACCUAUUCGGUAUUCAAUCUAGAGCUGGAUGUCUGUGUGCAGCACUAUAUGGCUAAAAGAUAUUAGGUAUAGAUUUGAAAUUAUCAAGAGAAUUUAAGGAUGCCUUGUUUGAUGGCAAUGAAGUAUUGAGAGUAGGAUUUACCAGAAUAAAUUUGAACUAUUUCAUUGAUUAAAAGGAGCUUCAAUAUAUUUUAGAUGCUAUUGAAUUCGUUUCCAAUUAUGGGUGGAUGUUCCUACCUCAUUACUAAUUUGAGCCUGAGAACGGGUAUUGGGUAAAUAGGGAUGAAAGAGAAAUACAAGUGAGGUCAUGGCUAGGUUAAAUCGAUUACUCCCAUGGAUUCAUGCAUUACUAACAAGUUGAUUAAACUGAUAAGAAAAAUGUGUCAUUUAUUAGAAAAGAUAAUAAAGAAAUAGAUCUAAGCUAAUUUUUAUAAGAUGCUUAAAAUAAGCUAGUGCAGGUAGUGGAAUAUUAUAAAAAUCUUUAUGGGAGAUCAAUGAUAGAUUAGAAGCUUUUGAUUCCAGAGCCAUAUUAAAGGCUAAUUUGGUUCCUAUUCCCUAGUGAAGUUCUGACUGACAUAAUAAGCUUGAAAUACCAGACUCCACUUUCUUUUAAUGCUAUUGAAAAUUUUAUACUGCAAAACUCAGCCUAGAUGGAAGUAUCUAUUCCUUUUAUUCCGAAGGAUUACAACUAAUCCUAGCACUAAUUCCAGUUUUCUGAAGAAUAUCUUGAAAAUCUCCCCACAAAUCAAAAUUCACCAAAGAUUUAAAAUACUGAGAUUGAUCAGGACCAAAUUUAAAGAAAUGAUUGUUGCAGUUUAAUUGCCGAAGAUAACUAAGAUUCCUGUUCUUAAUAAAUUUAGAUAGACAAUGAAAAUUAAGAAGAGGAAGAUAAUUUCUUUUCAGGAAUGGAAUUCGAAACUGAAACAGAAUCUACCUCAACAUCUAAGAAAGUGCAGCUUAUGGAUAUACCUAGAGAAAUCAAAUCUUAUGUUGGAUCAGCCAUAAGGGACUUUGAUAUGAUAAAGGAUGGAGAUAAAGUAUUGGUAGCUCUCUCAGGUGGGAAAGACUCAUUAUCUAUGAUUCACAUCUUGAAGUAUUUUUAAUCAGUUGCUCCAAUCAAAUUUGAGAUCGGUGCUGUCACUGUUGAUCCAAUGGUCUAUGAAUAUAACCCAAGACCUCUUAUUCCUUACAUGCAUGAGAUUGGAGUGAAAUUCUUCCUGGAAAGUGAUGCGAUAGUUGAAAGAGCAUAGACUUGUAUGUAAAAGAAUUCAAUUUGUGCCUUUUGUUCUAGAAUGAAGAGAGGAAUGAUAUACAAUUGUGCUAGAAGAGAGGGAUAUAAUGUAAUUGCCAUGGGUUAGCAUCUUGAUGACUUGGCUGAAUCCUUUGUCAUGUCUUCAUUCCAUAACGGUUAUCUUAGAACGAUGAAAGCAAAUUAUACUAUUGACAAAGGUGAUCUCAAGGUAAUAAGGCCAUUGGUAUACUGUAGAGAAGCAUUGUUUAAAGAAUUCUCAUAAAAGAAUAAAUUGCCGAUAAUCACUGAGAAUUGUCCAGCUUGCUUUUCAGCUCCUAAAGAGAGACAUAGAGUUAAGUUAAUGCUUGCUUAAUAAGAAAAUCUUUUCCCUAGUUUAUUCUCUAGUAUCCUUAAAGCUAUUAAGCCUUUGAUGAAGAGAAAUAUGAGAGAUUUAUUGAAAGGAGAAGAAUAAUAUGGAGAUGCUGGAAAUGACAGUGAUGAAGACGAAAUUGUCCCAAAAUCAGCAAAUCAAUUUGUCAAAUUCAACAUUAAUACUUGA